AUGGCUGAGGCAUUGGCAGCAGCUUUCAAAGAUAACCUCUUGAAGUGUAGCAUCUGUCUGGGAGAGUAUGAGGACCCCCGUGUGCUGCCUUGCUACCAUACAUUUUGCUAUGGAUGUAUAUUUUACCAUAGCAAGAGAACUCUUACUCAAAAAAGAACAUUUCUCUGCCCUGUUUGCCGGGAAGAAAUCCAGUUUCCAGUUGGUGGACUUACUCAGCUGAAAAAGAACUUUGUCUUAAGCAAAGCCAAGGACAUCAUAACCCAGCAACAAGCAUGUAGAGGGGCAUUAGAGAGUGGGCAACCCAAUAUAGCCGCAGUGACACAAGCCAUUGCACAAAUGACCACCAGUUCUGACUCUGACAUCAUGAUUCACACCAAAGCUCUAACAGAGAUAUUGGCAGGGAUGGAGAAAAUGUCAGUGCCAACUCCAGACACAACAACACAGAUAUCCUACAGCCCUGGUGACAUAUCUAUUGCCAGACAGGAAGCCAUGUUAGGAGAGAUGACCGUCCAGUCAGAACCUCUUAGACUGGGGACAGACCUAUGCUCAGCAACAUAUCCUCCUGUUUUCUUAGAGAAGGCAAAAUGUGUGCAUUCAUUUUCCACAAGGCUGAAAUGUGAUAAAACCAUGUUCCUAAAUGGGCUGGCCAUAGAUAAAGAGCACGUGUUUAUUGUGAACAGUGAUAGUGACAGCAAAUAUUACAGAACAAAUGUAUUUACACACGAAGGACAAUUCAAAUUUGACAUAAAACUAAAUGAUCCAUUUGAUGUGGCUGUGUCACAGACUGGUCACCUGUAUAUAACAUCACAGGGUAAAAAAUGUAUCAAAGUAUACUCCACCAGAGGUAAGAAGGUAAAAGACAUUGGUCUCGGCAAACUUGAGGAACCAUAUGGUAUAACAUUGAACAGGCAAGGUCAUGUGAUGGUUUGUGACCUGAAAAAGAAAUCCAUCUUCACAUUCCACGCAGACAGUGGACAGCUUCUGAAAAUUAUCCCACUCACUAUGUGUACAUACCCAGCAUACAUCACGGUGAACAGUGUGAAUGAUAACGUUGUGGUAUCAGACUGGGGCAGUGACUGUGUACAUGUGCUGUCACCUACUGGCAACUGCCUGUACCAGUAUGGCACACAAGGCAGUGGUGAUGGUCAGCUGUGGGGGUCUUAUGGAGUGUGCACAGACGGCUAUGGUCACAUCUUCGUUGCUGACUGUCAAAACCACAGGAUAGUAGCACUGAGUCCAAAAGGACAGUUUAUCAGAUACAUUGCCACUGGGGAUGAUGGGUUGUCGUAUCCCAGAGCAUUAGACAUCAACCCUGCUGGCCAGCUGGUGGUGGCAGAAGAUAACCAAGUUAAGACAUUCCAGUACUUAGAAUAAAUGCUGUUCACAUUUUACACACUGCAAUACUUAACUUUAAUGUGAUGUUGCUAUUGACCAUGACAUGUAGGAGAAG